GGGCGUGUCCGUGGGGGCGUGUCCGCGGGGCGGGUCCCCGGGGGUCCCCGCGCGGCGCCGUCAUGGCGGGGGUGUUCGACAUCGACCUGGAGACCGAGGAGGGCAGCGACGGGGACGAGCCCGAGCUGGGCGCCGAGAUGGAGCUGGAGCCCCGAGGGAACGGCCUGGAGCCGGUGGGACACUAUGAAGAGAUCGAGAUCUCGGAGAGCAGCGUCAACAACGGCCCCGAGCACAUCGGGCCCCACUGCUUCGAGCUGCUCCGAGUCCUGGGCAAGGGUGGCUACGGCAAGGUGUUCCAGGUCCGCAAAGUCCAGGGCACCAACACGGGGAAGAUCUUUGCCAUGAAGGUCCUGAAGAAGGCCAAGAUCGCCUGCAACGCCAAGGACACGGCGCACACCCGGGCAGAGAGGAACAUCCUGGAGGCCGUCAAGCACCCCUUCAUCGUCGACCUCAUCUACGCCUUCCAGACGGGCGGCAAGCUCUACCUCAUCCUGGAGUGCCUCAGCGGUGGAGAGCUCUUCAUGCAGCUGGAGCGGGAGGGAAUCUUCCUGGAGGACACGGCCUGCCCCCCCAUCCCGCCCCAGUUUCUACCUGAGCGAGAUCACACUGGCUCUGGGUCACCUGCACUCCCACGGGAUCAUCUACCGGGAUCUCAAGCCGGAGAACAUCAUGCUCAACAGCCAAGGGCACAUCAAGCUCACGGAUUUCGGGCUGUGCAAGGAGUCAAUCCACGACGGAGCCGUCACCCACACCUUCUGCGGCACCAUCGAGUACAUGGCCCCCGAGAUCCUGGUGAGGAGUGGGCACAACCGGGCGGUGGACUGGUGGAGCCUGGGAGCCCUGAUGUACGACAUGCUCACCGGAUCGCCCCCGUUCACCGCCGAGAACCGCAAGAAGACCAUCGACAAGAUCCUCAAGGGCAAACUGGUGCUGCCCCCCUACCUGACCCCCGACGCCCGCGACCUCCUCAAGAAGCCCUAUUUCUCUUCCAGCCCUAUUUCUCUCUUGCAGUUCCUCAAGCGAAACCCCAGCCAGCGGGUGGGGGGGGGCCCGGGGGACGCGGCCGACGUGCAGAAACAACCCUUCUUCCGCCACAUCAACUGGGAGGACCUGCUGGCGCGCAGGCUGGACCCCCCCUUCAAACCCUGCCUGCAGUCAGAGGAGGACGUGAGCCAGUUCGACACCCGCUUCACCCGCCAGACCCCCGUCGACAGCCCCGACGACGCCGCCAUCAGCGAAAGUGCCAACCAGGCCUUCCUGGGCUUCACCUACGUGGCCCCCUCGGUGCUGGAGAGCAUCAAGGAGGGGUUCUCCUUCCAGCCCAAGGUGCGCUCGCCCCGACGCCUCAACAGCAGCCCCCGCACCCCCGUCAGCCCUGUGAAGUUCUCCCCGUUCGAGGCGUUCAAGCCGGUGGCCUCGGGGGACCCCAUGGAGCUGGGACCCCCCCAGGCCCCCCCGCCCGAGGGCACAGCCCCCCUGCCCAUCAAGCCCUCCGGGGGGGCCAAGAAGCAGAAGGGGGGCCGGGGCCGGGUGCCCAGGUAGGGGUGGGAGGGUGGGGUGGGGCGGGGGGGGGCCUGGUGCCCCCCACGGGGUGGGGGGGGACCCCACGGUGCUGCUAUUGCUCCAGGGGGUUCACCCCCCCCAUCCAGCACAGCCCCCUGCCUGCCGGCCUGGGGGGCACAUGGGGCCCGCCCAGGGGUGUGGCCCUUGGGGCGUGGCCUUUUGGGGCGCGGCCCCUGGGGGCGUGGCCCCGCUGCUGGACCUGUGCCAAUUAAAGGACUUGCCGAGGC